ACUCGCUCCACAAACUCCGCGAAGUUUGUUAUCCAAAAUAAUUUUACAACAUACAAAAAUAAAAAGUUUCUAAAUAAUUCUUUUCAGUAUUUUAAAAUAUUUGUUAUAUCGUUACUCCUGUUUUUAAUUAGUAGUUUGGAUCACAGAUCAUUAUCGGCCUUUACAGGAUUUUACGAGUACAAAAUGGCGGACGACUUACAAUCCAAUUUGGAGAGCUAUAAUCUUCAAUUGCAACAGGUUGAAGCUGCCCUAACAUCGGAUCCUUCAAAUGAGGAGUUAUUGAAAUUGAAAACGGACCUCACUGAAGUAAUUGAGCUGACAAAAGAACUAUUUGACCAACAAAGUGGUCCUGGGUCAAGUUAUGGCGAUGAGUCCCGUUCUUGGAAAGUUGGUGAUAGAUGCCUUGCUCCAUGGUCUCAAGAUGGUAAAUACUAUGAAGCUGUUAUUGAGGAAAUUCAUGAUGAUGGAAGAGUUUCUGUUGGGUUUCAAAAGUAUUCGCACGGUGAUGUAACCCAAGUUUCCCAGUUGAAAGUAUUUGAUGCCAGCUACAUAGAACCUUCUCGAGAUGGACAAGCCUCUACUAGUGGGACAUCUAGAAUUGCACCGAAAGAGUCGUUAGCUGAAAGAAAACAGGCCCUUCAGAAACAGAAAGAAUAUUUGAAAAAGAGAAAGCAAAAGAAGGUAGCGCGUGUUCAUGAACUUGAAGCAGAACGUGAAAAAUCCAAAAAGUCAUGGUUAAAUUUCUCUACUAAAAAGGGACUUCUUAACAAAAAGAAAAGUAUAUUCGCAUCCCCCGAGUCAGUUCAAGGUCGCGUUGGGGUUGGGACAUGUGGCGUGUCUGGUAAACCUAUGACAGAAUACUCUGCUGCCGAUAAAUGGAGGAAAGGAUGGACUAAAUAACAUAUUUACAAUUAACCAGCCCUUGUCUUAUAGUUAAAAGAGUAAUCAGUAAAAUUUAUCGUUAAAUAUAGUUUCUCAUAUAUCUGUGGACUGACACUCUUGGAGCAAAUUUACGUACAUGCGGUAUGAAUAGGUCAGUUAUAUAUUUUACCAACUCGAACUUUACCUACAUAUACUAAUUACGAUUUUCGCAAUUUUCAUACUAAAUCAAACUUUAGUAAUCAGAUUUGUUUUUGUAUUUAAUUUAAAGUUAUAAACCAACGCAUAUUCUUCAUUUUAAUGUUUUAUCAAUAAAUUAAAUCACUGAAUGAAUAUA